CAUGGCUUUGCCGAUACGAGGCGGGUGUUGCGUAGGUGGCUUGACCGCGUUCGUCCCUGCCGUACCACCUGUGCCGGGACUGGUUUCAUGGCGAUCGACAUCGCGAUGCGGCGGCAGGAGACCUCGUGACUUGCAGGCACUCUCCGCGGCUGUCGUUGAGCAAGGUGACGACCAUGACCAACAGAACCAAGGCGAGGAUAUACCCAACCUGUUUAGGGUGACACCCGUUCCUACCUAUGAGGAGAUGCUCGUGUGGGCGGAAGAGACGGACAGGCGCAUAGCCACCGGGCAGCUUCCGCCUUUAGGCUCGCGGCGCCCCCCCUCAGGAGAUGGAGCGGUCACGGUGACAGCCGCAGAGCAGCAAGGGGCGGGGGCAAGCCUUCUCAGCGACCAAGAACAGGCUCAGAUGGCAACCCUUUCGGAGCUCCUGAGCAAACGGCGGCGACAGAGCCCUCCCUUGUCUGACGAGGAAGAGUCUGCUCUAAGAGCCGCCAUAGCGGGCCUGUCGGCGUCGGUGGAGAAAGACACUGACGCGAAAGCCCUUGACGUCGCUGCCGACACCUCGUCUGGCCCUGACACUUCCGAUGGUGACGUCACCGCUGCCGGUCACGUAGCGGAGGCGGAAGACAUAAUUCCAAACCACAUCUAUGGCUCACGAGAGGUGCGAGACCAGGUGUACCUCUACGCUUGGUCCUUGAUGAAGAAUAGGCAGGACGCGGCCGAGGGAGAGGCCGAGCAGCGAGCGGGGGAAUCGUGACGAAAUGCGGGAUUCUCGUGGACUGGGAUUGUGCCGCGUACCUGCGAAGCAAGUCUGUGGCCAAGAGGCGUCCCAUGCACAGUCAAGCUCAAGAUUUUAUGCUGUUUUUCGCGGCAUCCGACAACGAGAACGACACCAUCACGCCACAUGCAUGCUGUACGAUGCAAACCCUUCGUCACUGGCACCGCCGCGCCUGUUCUUGGAAUCGGCUGGACCAGGCGGGCAAGGCCGUUCUUCGCCAUGCAAGCGUUGCAACCGACGGAGGCAAAGCGUCCUGAGGGAUUUCGAGGCCAUGUAUACGUAUUGCUCCAGCUCGAAGAUCACGAUUGGCCAGAAGCUCCGAUCACUCCCCACGGAGCUCCCAUCACUGACAGAUUUCCCCCGCCCAUUUUCGCAAUAAAACUAGGUUAUAGGUAUGUCCCAAAAGGUUGGGCGUGGAUUGAUGCCCCAGGGCGCCGAAUCGUCGGAGGUGCAGUCACGGUGGUGUCUUCUUGCUUUUUUUUUUUUUUUUUUCGGAUCGGUUUGGCACCGAGGGCAGACUCAAUGCUGUUUGGCACGGCGAGUGUUUUCCUGCAUCUGCUGGACACAUAGAUGUAUUCCAAGGUCGAUUCCCGGCUGCGCACUUGAUCGAGUCUAAACGUUUUGGUGGCGGUUGUUGCUUGUUUGCUGCGCUAAAUGAUCUGUACAGCAGUUCGUUGUCUUUCGUCCCUCUCUCCCUGUGUGGAGGUCUUCUUCUUGAGAAGGAAUGUUGGUGAUCUCCACAGGAUAGAAUGAACUGAUUUCGUCCAGCGAGGUGGACGGAAUGGUGAAAUGUUGUUUUGUACGUGCUGAUUUCCUUGGUAUUGUAAUUAUCCCUGAGGUGCCCCGAUGGGCCAGGUGUUAGCGUUGAGCUAGUGUAGGAAAUGUAGUAAAACAACCCAGAUCUUAGCACGCCUGCCCGAGAUGAAGAGAAGGCCGGCCUGGAGUCAAUAAGCACUAGAAUACCGGUGUUAUCUGUUCGCUGGUACCCAUUUCAUGUUCCCAAAUCCUCUUAAAAGUCGCCGAAAGUCUUGGCACAGAACAGAGCGACGCGACGCCCCGACAUGGGGCACGCGCCUCGCAGGCUCUUUCGUAGGUCCUCUGACUACGCCCGAAAUGCAAUGCCUGGUUCGGCAACCAAGGUCAGCACGAAGAGGUACUUACAGUUGUUGUUUGGUUCCUUU